CUUUUAUUAAUACCUAUGUCAUCUUCACGUUCCAAGUAUCGUUUUUAAUUUCCCUGCCACCAUUUUUCUCGUAGUAUUUAUAACAGAAUUCAGAAAUGUGUUUUGUCGAAUAAUGAAAAUUGAGGUCGACAUGUUUGUGAAAAAUUAUAAUACUUGCCAUCAUAGAGAAAAAAACAUGACAUGACAGGAGCUGCUAAAAUGCGGGGUAUGUAUAAUCAUAUCCAUAUAUGUAAAUGUAUGGUUAUGACACAGAAACUGCCAGCUUGCCAACCAAUGCCACCAUAAAUGUGAAUGGAACAACAGUAACUCUCACUGAAUCAAAGCCAUACGAUGAGCCACCAUCCUGGAGAACGAGAGUUACUUUAACCACCUGUCACACAGAUUCUAGUAAACUUGAUGGUUUACAUAGAAACAUUGUAUCAUUAUUUGAGGGUCAAAAUCUCCAUUCAAAUUUAGUUCAAUUAUGGAAAGAAUUGAAAAAACAAUACAAUGCAGUUCUACAGAAACUUUUGACCCAGGUGGAGUCACAUCAGAUUGUAUUAGACAUGUACAUGUUUUCCCAAAGAGGGCAUGAGAGCUACAAGAGAGAAGUAUCAGACGGACGAUUUUCUAGAAUUUUAGUGUUACUUUUCGAAGAAAUGAGUGAAGGCAAUAUUGAUAGUACAGACAUAUCAUUUAAUGUGAGAACUGAGAGAGACGAGAAAUUCACGGAUCCAACACCUCCAGAAUCUCCAACGUCUACCACAAUAUCCAUUGGUGAACAGAGUAUAGAUUCAUAUAGUUCAUUUUCAGAAUCCAUGGCUUUUGGAGGUUUUCCAGAUGACCCUUAUGGAACUGUGCAAGAAUUCCUAGAAAGCACACCAACUGAAUCUCCAUCAGUUUCUCCAAUUAAAGACACACAGAGACAUGAUAGGAGACAAACAGUUAUGUUGGUGGAAGCUGGAGCACAAACUAACACUGGUUUAUUAGAAAUGCCUGGUCCUCAGCCAUUGUCUUCAAGACAGAUGAAUCAAAUGAAAAAUCAGCUUGAAGCAUCCUUGACAAGAAAACUUACUGAUGUGAAAAAUACUCAAGCGAAAGACAAGAUGGAUAUUGUGCGAAAAAUGGACAAGUUAGAAAAAAUAAUAAAGCAAAACAAUGAAACAUCUGAGCUAAUGCAGGCUUCACUGAAAACAGCUGUAGACGAGGGACUUGACCGAACUCGUGGGACUUUACAUGGUCUUUCGGAAAAAAUGGAUGAUAUGGAAAGGAUGUUUGAAGAGAAAUUACAAUUAAUGACUGAAACAAGGUCAGGUCAAAGAGAUACGGAAAAAAUUCAAGAUUUAACUCAAGAGGUUAAGGACUUCAGAAAAAACUUUGAGACGUAUCAAGAAGAAACAACAAAAAGGUUAGACCUUGUUGUGAAUACUGUAACAGAAGUUAAAACUGCAGUAGAAAAAUCAGUGUUAGACAUUAAAGAUGCAUUUACCAGUUCACGUUAUACCAAAACACCACCAAGAACGCCUCCUAGUCCUAGAUCUGAUACUCAUGUUCACUUGCAAUCUAGUAGGCAGACUGAACAUCAUGAUCACUCAUCUACAUUACCCAAAACAUUAAGUGAAGAUUCUCAUCUCGUCACUAGACCAUCAGGAAGUACAAAGAGAGUUGACCAACCACAAUAUUCUUAUGAUUUUUCAAGUUCUGAAGGAGAGCGUAUUCCAGGUGUUGAAGGGUUAAUUCAAAGAGAUGAUCAUGUCAAUAACGUCCAUUCACAGUCACCACAAGGAUAUAUCAGACUGUCUCACAGUAGACAAGAUAGACAAGAACAAAAUCAAAGAUUUGAAAUGCAUAGUGAUAUUGCAAGAUCUUCAACUUCCUCAUUUCCAAAUACUCCACCAGAGCUUGAAGAGGCAUUCAAAAUGGCAGAAGAAGAAGGGAUUCUGCCUAAAAUUGGGUCAGAUGAAGAAAAUAUUGAAAGAGAGGAAAGAGAAACUACUCAUUUGCCAACAGUUGAAGGUGCUACUGGUUUUAGUGAUGAACAUAUGUUUAGCAAUGGGCAGACUCAACCACUGACACCACUUGGUUCACAUGUUACAGAACCUUCAUUGCAUGGAGACACACAGCCAAUACAGAAUGAAGAAACUAUUAUGGCAGAAGUUCAGAGAACUACCCAAGCAGAUGAAGGAAUUGUAUUUGAAGCAAAUGAUUUGCGGGAUAAAGCUGGCCUUCCACUGAAUGAACCUAUUUUUAAGCUGUUGGUAAAGGCAUUGCAAGGUAGUAGGAGUAAUGUUCCUGAAACAUCUGAUGGUGGAAUAGAUACAAUACUCUGUUUAGAUAUAUCACAAAGUACAGAAGGCAAAGCAUUUGACCAGUUGAUUUCUGUUUUAACAGAUUUACUGAAUGAUGCAGAGGAGUUAUCACUCAACAGAGAAUUGUAUGAGAACAUUGGAAUUGUAGUAUUUGGUUCAAAGACUGAAAUACUUUCACCUUUAACAAUGGACUACAGUGAUCUAGUGGCUAAGAUAUAUCAAUUGAAGCCUAGUGGAACAUCAGCACUACAUACAGCUUUAGUGUUAUGCAGUAUUGCUCUCAAAGAGAAAGGAGGGCCUAUGUCAAUGGGAGGAUAUAUUGUACCACCAAGAAUUGUUGUUUUCUCUGAUGGAAGACCUACUGAUGAUUCACAAAUGGAUGACGUAUUAUCAGAAUAUGCACCAAAGCCACCUGAGAUAGGAGAGAGAGUGAAAGUUAUGGUUCAGAAGUUACACAACCAAGGAUAUACAGUGUUUACUGUUCCUGUUGGUAGCCAUGUUAAUAGGAUGUUUCUGCAAGAUAUGGCAAAAAUUGGAGGUGGAAAGUUGGUAGACAUGGAGGAUACUAGAUUUAUAAAGAAAUAUUUUCAUUACCAGGUUGUUGCUGGUAAUGUGAUACAAAAAUGUCAUGAGACAGGAAAUCCUAAAAGUUAUCCAGAAUAUAUACAAAGAGAAGUAAAUCAACAUGAAUCUGGUCUCGACUCAGAUGACAUUAGUCAUAUAACAGAAAUCAUCCACAUUUCCAAAGAACUUGAUGAUGAGGAACAUGACAAUUUACCGUCACUUGGUAGCAGAGUACAGAUAUUAUCAGGAGAAGCCACAUCAGAACCUCCACAGUACGGAACAACAGUACAGAACCUUCCUGAUGGCUGGAUAAAGGUUCAGUUAGACAAUGGAUUAAUAAACUUUUAUCACUAUGUAAAUGGUGACACAGAGGAUGUCAAACUAGUCAGUGUACCACGUCGAUUAAAAGAAGAUCAGCUGAUUGAAGUUGGAGUAUUUGUUUGUGAAAUUGGCAAACCUCAGAGAAAAGGAAUAGUGUUUAGAGUAACAAACUCAGGAUUUGUUGAUGUUAGAUGGGAAGAUGGUACAAAAUCCAGACAUAAAUAUGGAGCAGACGGAGAGUUCCAGCUGGAGAUACACAAUGAAGUCAGUUAUACUAAAGCCUUAUGGAAAUGGCAGGAGCUGAGUAUGCAGCAAUGGAUCAGUUUUGAUGAUGUAAACCAAACAAAAAUAGAGCAAGCCUACCAAAAGAAUGCUAAAACGUGUGUGAUAGAUAUGGACAAUCACAGAGCAAGAAUUGUAUUUGAUAAAGGACACCUGAAAUUCAUGGGAGAAGAUAAUAUUAUUUUACCUGUAAGAAGAUUUGAUGACAGCUGACAGAUGGAAACUUUAGAAUAAUAUUUUAAAUUUGAUAACAGCUUUCAGUUUGCCACUGAAAUGAUGCGAUUUUUUUAAAUUUUAGUACAAUGAUUUAUGUUGUACAUUUUCUUUUUAUAUUCAUGAAAAUACAUUUUUUAGGAUUUUUAAAUUUGUUAACUGAAAUGUAAAUCACAUAAUUGAUAGAAGUUUUUCAAUUUGUAAAAUAUUUAUGCUUGCACUUUCUUUUUUGUUUUUGUUAUUGAGAUUUUGAUAGGUUAUUUGAUAUGUAGCAUAAAAUAUAUAUAUGUAAGUCAGAAACGUUUAGCUUUUUUUCAAAUUUGGUGAGAGUUGUAUUACAUGUAUGUUCUUAUAUCAGUCCUUCAAGAUGGAUUAAUGUUAAACAUGUGUAUGGUCGUCUAGUGAAAUUAUUAUUGUAAGUAUACUCAUGUGCAAUUGCUUUGAAUUUGUAUGUGUAAGUAUUAUUGUUAAUUUGUUAUGUAUAAGUAUGACAUCAAUUUAAUCAAAAAUUAAAUAUUGCAAAAUUCAAGAUAAAUAAAAAAAAUUCCAGCAAUAUCAGUAUUAUUCAAAUGAAGGGAUAUAGAAAAUGAAUUCUUAUUGAUAUAUUGUCAUCAGGAAACUAUAUCACAUGCAUUAUAGAUUUUUAUUUUUUGUUCUUUUACAAGGGGAAUUUUUUUCAACCGUUGUUCUGUUCAUAAUCAUAACUAUUUAUGGAGCACUAUACAUAUUGACACUUAUUCCUUUUUUAUGCUAGCUAUAUCAUUGGUAUUGUGAUAGUGUUAGCCUCAAGUGAGCAAGGCAGUUGGAUUCAUCAACAGCUAGUCCAACCUAAACACUCUUAGUGUAAUAGACCACUAAAGAGUUCUUCCGUCACCCGCAAAAACUCAUCAAUUAUGUACGCCUUUAUGACGUCAUUUACCAGAUAGAGGGGGUCGCCUGUAUCCCUGCACUAUUUAUGUUUAUCAAGGGUCUUAGUGAUCAUCAUUGUGCAGAAUAGACUAGAAAUAAUGGUUGCUCUGUAGGAACUUUCUGACAAUUCCCUAAUGACAGCAGUGUUGAUUGUCAAUUUUGAGAAUUCAAUUUGCCGAAUAAUUUUUACAAUUCAGAAUUAUAGUUUUCCAACCACUCGCUCAACAUUGGAAUGGAAGUGACGACACCCCUAAACACACAAAUGACGCUCACUAAAACCAGAGUUUUUGACUGAAAUGCAUCAAACUUGAAAGUUGUCUAUUGAUGCUUCUCCCCAAAGCAUGAAAAACUAUUAGUUUUCUCUGAGUCACAUUAUCACACAAAUGAUACUUUGAGCUAGAUUUUUAACAACUACACUUACUCAGAUAAGGUACCAAAAAGUGUUUAAAGGCACCAUUGGAAUGUAAAGAUUACAUAUUUUCAGCAAAGACCUGUGAUUUUGGCAAUAUUUUUGUUUGAGUUAUCUCCCUUACUCCAUAAUAAUAGGUACAAUUGAUACACUUACUAUCUAUAAAUUUGUGUAACUUUCAAUAACAUGGUUUUUCCUAACAAAUAUUUAUUGAAUAAAAAAUUAAAUUGAUAGCUGAAAUAUGACUUACCGGUGAGUUGAUGACUUAUAUAGUGAUAUAAUUGCGCUUUUAAUAAUCAAUUUUUACCCUUAAAAUUCAAGUAUCUUCAUAGUAAGUUAGCAGUUAAAACACCUGAACUUGCUUAAAUUAUAUUUGCCACAGAAUCAUUUAGGCUAAAGAGUAAAUUGAAAUGGCAUGUACAAAUAUAUUAUUAAUAUUCAAAAGAUAUGAAAAGAGUGGAGUGCUGGGUUUCUUACCUAGACCCUCAGCUGCUCAUUGUUUUUCAAAAGGAUGGAAGGUCCCCCUUUAAUUGCAUAGAAAGUAAAAAAAACUCUAUGUAUUAUAGUAUCCUACAUAUAUAUAUGUUACAUUAGAAACAACGAACUAUAGUUAAAAUAAAAUUUGAUUAUUUUUUAUACUUAUAUUGUUAUACAAGAUGCAAGAAAUAUGGGCAUUUAACUCUUAUUACUGCCAAAAACAUAAUUUUAUCAUGUUUUGUUAUAUGAUCUAAUAUACCUGCAUCUUCAUUAUAUAUAUAUUUUUUCACCAUCAUAUUGAUAUUUAUAACAAUCACCAUCAUAUGUAUGGAAGUAAAUUAAAGAACAAAAUGAUAUAGAAGCAAGUAUUUGAAUAAUGUAUGCAGAUGUUAUGUAUCAGUUGCUAUUGUAAGUUUCAGUAUACUUUGGAUUGAUUUUUUUUCAGGGAUAUCAAUUUUUGUGGAUUGCUGAAAUCUUGCAUAUUUCUGGAUAUUUAAUUUCAUGGUUUUGCUAGUCAGUAGUGUCUGUAUACAAAGCCUAAUUAGAAUAUCUUUUUUGUGGACAUUCUAAUUCCUUGUUCACCUGUACGCACGAAACCAACGAAAAAUUGGUAUCCAACAAAUAAUAAUGAAUCCACAGCAUUAAGUCUCAGAUUGAAUUAAAUUUGAUUUUAGAACACUUUUUUACAUAGAUAGCUUUCAGCAAUACACUUGGAAUUUUCUCUGGUUUAUUUUAUCAUUUUGUUUUUACUAAUAUUAUUAAUGACUUUUGUUAAAUUGCUUCUUUUGCAAUUUUCUCAUUCUCUUGUUUAAAUUAUUAUUUACCAAGCCUGUUUUGCUAGUAUAGCUAAUGUAAUACAGUACCAAUUGUAACAGAAUUUUUGCUGAUCUUGAAAGAGAGGUGAUUUUACACAAUAUAGCAUGAAGGACUUCAUUUUCUCUACAAAAUUUGUGUGAAUUGAUGACCCAAUGGUUUUUUUAAUACUUAGAUUGUAAUAUCUUGAUCUGCAUGUAUCAACUUCAACUGAUGAUUAUGAACAGUUUGUUCAAAUGCAAUUUUACACAUUGUAAGUCAAUUUUGAUUGUUUUUAUGAAAUAGGCAGCCAUAAAGUAUGUGUAUUCUUUAAUAAUUUAAUUUUGGAUGUAACAUAUCUUCUGAUUGGCUGAUGUUGUUUUGUUUAUCAGCUUAUAGACAUAAUUUUGUCAUGUGUCCAUUAUUAAAAGUCAUCAAUUUUUAAUGGCUUUCUCUGGUUUAAAAUUGAAUUAAGAAUUAAAUUAAAAAAAAUGACUGAUAUUUUUUCUGUCUAUUCGAAAUAGCAUAAAAAAAUAGCUUCACAGGUUAUUCAGUGUGCACCACAUUUUUUAUGUUAUUUCUUCAUAUUCCUUAAUUAGGUAUCACAGUUAAACAUUUAAGAAAAACCUUUAAGAACAUUAUUUGUAUACAAUUUUGAAUUGUCUCACAUUUUGUUAUGAUUCAGCCUUUUUAACAAAAUAAAGAUUAAUAGCUGACUAUACAAAAUGGGUUUUGUUCAUUUUUGAAGGACCUACAGUAUCCUAAGUUACAACAAGGUCAUUUUGAACUCUGAUGGAUAGUUGUGUCAUUGUCAAUCAUAC